UAAUUAUAACAAUACAGCCAUUCAUUAGCUUUUCCAUUUUAUAAAUUUGUAUAUUUCUGAAAUUUUUAGUUCAGCAAACAAAAACUUAAAGAUUACUCUGAAAGAAUAUCAUUGUCAACAUAUCGACUUGUUGUUGACCAUACUAUAUGACGUAUAUAAUAUGUGCAUAGAGCAUGCUCGCGAUCAUAACUAGUCAAAAAUAAUGUACAUACAAUCAUAAGAUUAAUAAUACUUAAAUUAUUUUAUGUUUCUUGCAAAAGCUACCUGUCAAAUUUAUAUAAUGGAUGGUGAUAAAUUAUUCAAUGAAACUCGAGAUCUCGAAAAAAAAUUUCUUCAAUUUAAAGAAUUUUGGGAUGAUUUGAUUCAACAAUCAAACGUGCUGGACGAAGAACAGUUGUCUCUGUGUGAUAAAUUAUCCAAAUUAAAUUUUAAAAUAAACGAUUUACAAACAAACAAGAUUCAACUUGACGAACUAAGGUGUACAUUUGAAAAAGAUGUGGAUGAUUUGACUGAAAAGAAUAAACAAUAUGUAUUUUUAACAACUCAUCUUGAAGCUCUAAAUCAACGUAAAUAUCUAUUGGAAAAAUAUUCAUUGAAAAAAGGAUUGGAACUAGAAGAAAAUAAGUUAAAAGAUAAAAUAGAUGAUGUAUGGAAGUAUUUUGACAAUAAAAAUUCUAAAUUAGAUGAUGAAAUUAAAAAUCUAGAACAAAAAUUAGCUAAUCGUCAGGAGAUAGUGUCAAAAAUGUUUGAAAAAGAAUGUAACCAGUACAAGAAAUCUAUAGAGAAACUUAAGAAUGAAAACAUUAUAUUAAAUAAAAAGUUAAGCUUGAUAAGUAAGAUUGGAGAAGACUAACGACCAACUUAUAAAAUAACUUUGAUAUAUUAUUUUUAAUAAGUAAUAAUAAUUCCUCUCUAUAAAUAUUAAGCAAUUGUACUUGUAUAAUAACUAGAGUAUAUUUAUAUUUUACUAAUCAUACUAUGUCAUACCUUAUAAGUUAUUAAAUUAUAACUAAAA